CUCUCUCUCUCUCUAACUUAUUGAUGUGAUAUUCUUCAUUCCCACUGUUCUCUCCCAAAAACACUUCAAAACUUUAAAAAAGAAAAAGCUCCAAACAAGAAGAACAAUGGUUUAUACUUCCAUCCCAGCAUAUAUUGAUCCAGUCAAUUGGCAUCAGCAACAGCAACCAAAUCAUCAACAAAACAACACAGGUGGCACAAGCUCUCAACUUCUUCAUCCUCCACCACCACCUCUUCCGCCAUCGACUCAACAACAUGGAGCCAGUACUAGCUCCAUCAGACCUGGGUCGAUGGCGGACAGGGCAAGGAUGGCUAACAUACCCAUGCAAGAGCCAGCACAAAAGUGUCCAAGAUGUGAAUCUACCAACACAAAGUUUUGCUACUUCAACAACUACAGCCUCUCUCAGCCCCGGCACUUCUGCAAGACCUGCCGGAGGUACUGGACCCGAGGCGGCGCUUUGAGAAAUGUUCCGGUUGGCGGCGGCUGCCGGAGGAACAAGAGGACUAAAGGAACAACCACCAGCAACAACGGCUCCAAGUCACCACCACCGAGCUCUGAUCGCGGAGGUCCCACCGUCUCUUGUGGCAGCUUUGCCUCUGAAAUCGCAGGCCUAAGCCCUCCGGUGCCCUCGUCGCUGAGAUUCAUGGCUCCAUUAAUGCAUCAUCAGCAACUUGGAGAUCACUUUUCAGGAGUUGGUGGCGGUGAUUUAGGCCUAAACUACGCCGUAAUUUCUGGUCCAAUGGGAGGAAUGGGUGACUUAAAUUUUCACAUAGGAAGUGCUUUGCGCAGUGAUGUCACCGGUGGCGGCAAUGGAGGCAGUUCUCUUCUAUCAGCUGCAGGUUUGGAACAAUGGAGGGUUCCACAAACACAACAAUUUCCUUUCUUGACAGGUUUCGAAGCUUCAUCACAUGGCCUAUACCAAUUUGAAAAUAGUACUAGUGAGGGUUCUGGAUACGGCGGAGGCAGCAGUGGUGAUGGCGGUGCUAUUCGGCCGAAUAAGGUGUCGACUUUUGCCUCAGUAGUGAAGAUGGAAGAAAGUAAUAAUAAUUUGCCAAGGCAGUUUUUGGGGAUGAAUAAUAAUUCAUCAAGUAAUAGUGAGCAUUUUGUUCCUGCUUCUUGGACACACCUUUCUGGUUUUACUUCUUCCAAUACUACCAAUAAUCCUCCAUAGGAUUAUUUAUGGUUUAAUUAAUUGAUUUCUGUUUCUUUCUUCUUUUUGUUUUCUUCAAAUUAAACUGACUUUUGCUACCCAGACAAAUUAAAGUCUCACUUAACUCAGAUGUGUAUGUUAUAUAAGCUCGAGAUGAAGAGCUUUAUUUGAGUAUGAGUAUGUGUGGACGA